AUGGCGCACGCGCUGCGGGAGCGCACGGCGCGGGUGCUGACCGACUAUCUGCAGCACUGCGCCCGGGAACCUGACGCCCGCUCCUGUGAUCCGUCCACACCGGAGGCCGCCGCGCUGCGCCGCGCUGCUGACCAGCUUAAGUGGAGCUACCGGUCCUUUUUUGUCAGCUGCCGUGACUUCCGAGGAAACCGUGCUGAGCUGUUGCAGCAAGUGGCACAAGAGAUGCUUGCUGACGGCCGCGGCCUUAGUUGGCACCGCGUGGUGGCGCUCGUAACCUUCGCUGGCACGCUUGUCGAUAGACUGCCGCCGGAGACCCACGGCGUUGGCGUGCGACGGCGGACAAGAGAAGAGGUUGACUGGGAUUGCCAGUGCUUGGUGGACGUGUUAUGCAAUGUGCUGGUGGAUCAGAACGGCGCCUGGCUGGAGGCCCACGGUGGCUGGGUGAGUUGGCGGGGCGCAGGGACGUGGGACGGGAAGGGGCGGGCGGUUGGGAAGGCGCCCGCGGUGCCAGUCUCUUGA